AUGGCGGUAAUCAGUGCGGUGAUGGCCGGAAUGCCGGUCUGUAUCCUGAUUCGGAAGAAGGCGUCGGCGGAAGGAGUAGAGCUCAUCUCGAUCAGACGUGAGCGCGAUCCGCUGGACCGGGAGCAGGCCGCCGACAACGUGGGAGACGCCGGAGCGGCGGCGGACGACUUUCGAGACGGCUUCAUGCGUGACGCCCUAGUCUUCUGUCCUUACCGUGAGCACGUGCAGGGGUACCUGGAGCACUCGGACACUGUGCUCUGUCUGUCGUACGAGCAGAUGCACCAGGAUCGCGGCUCGGUCGUCCGCAAAGUGGCUGACUUCCUGGGAGUGUCCCUGAGCGACGCCGAUGUCGACGAUAUUGUGAAGAACACCAGCUUCGAAGUGAUGAAGGCGAACCCGUACACCAACUUCCACCAGUGGGAGGACAACGGACUUCUGUCCGGCACAGAGGAGGGAACCUUCAUGAGGAAGGGGGUGAUGGGCGACUGGAGAAACUACUUCACCGAGGAGGAGAGCGAAGCCUUCUUGAAGUGGCGCAACGGAGAGGUCGCUUCACUAGAGUAG